AUGCCUGAAAAUUUAGUAGAAGCCAUUACUGAAGUAGGAAAUGAGGAAGUUUCUCAAGAGGUUAAACAGAGCAAAGUUUCAUGGCAAAAGGAUUUGAACAUCGAGUCCCACAACUUUCCUAGACCUCAUCAUGGCCAUGACUCCAAGGCAGUAGAGUGGUCAGUGAUCUUCCACCUAGCAUUCCAAAGUAUUGGAGUAGUGUAUGGGGACAUUGGUACAUCACCUCUAUAUGUCUUUUCGAGCACCUUCCCCAAUGGUAUAAAGCACAAAGACGACAUCCUGGGAGUGCUUUCUUUGAUCCUAUAUACCCUCACCUUACUUUCUCUCAUCAAGUACGUGUUGAUUGUCUUGAAGGCCAAUGAUAAGGGCGAAGGAGGGACAUUUGCCUUGUACUCUCUCUUAUGCCGGUAUGCCAAGUUGAGUUUCAUCCCAAACCAACAGGCUGAGGAUUAUGAGGUGUCAAAUUACCAGAUCAAGUCGCCAAACCGUCGUGCACAGAGGGCAUCGUGGCUCAAGUCUAAGCUAGAGAAGAGCAAGUUUGCCAAGCAUUGCUUAUUGAUCGCCACAAUGCUUGGGACUUCCAUGCUUAUAGGGGAUGGUGUCCUCACUCCUUCAAUCUCAGUUUUAUCGGCUGUUGGUGGAAUCCAGGUAGCCAUACCAGCAAUAACAGAAGAGAUGAUUAUUUGGAUAUCAGUAGUUAUCUUGAUCAUCCUAUUCAUGGUUCAGAGAUUUGGAACUGAUAAAGUGGGGUAUAGUUUUGCUCCAAUACUUUGCAUAUGGUUUGCCUUUAUUGCUGGCAUUGGCCUCUACAAUUUCAUCAAAUUUGAUCCAACUGUUAUUAAAGCCUUAUAUCCAAAGUACAUCAUAGAUUAUUUUCAAAGGAACAAAAAAGAUGCUUGGAUUUCCCUUGGUGGUGUUAUCCUCACCAUAACAGGAACUGAGGCUUUAUUUGCUGAUUUGGGUCACUUCACAGCUCUAUCCAUUCAAAUUAGCAUGGGCUUUGUGACCUAUCCGGCUCUCCUUUUGGCAUACAUAGGACAAGCCUCCUUCCUCCGAAAGCACAGUGAUCUUGUUGCUAAUACCUUUCACAAGUCUAUACCAGAAACUCUAUUUUGGCCUAUGUUUGUGGUGGCCGUAUUAGCAUCAAUCAUAGCAAGCCAAGCCAUAAUUACUGGGACUUUCUCUAUACUCCAACAAUCUCUCUCAUUAGGGUGUUUCCCUCGGGUGAAAGUAGUUCAUACAUCAGCUGAGUAUGAAGGACAAGUUUAUGUGCCUGAAGCCAAUUACCUUCUUAUGCUGGCUUGUGUAGCUACCACUUUGGGUUUUAGGACCACAACUAACAUUGGCAACGCCUUUGGGUUAGCAGUGGUUAUUGUAAUGGUCCUCACAUCAUUUUUUCUAGUUCUAGUAAUGAUCUUGAUAUGGAAAUCCCACAUAAUUCUUGUUAUUUCCUACGUUCUUACCAUUGGCAGCGUGGAGCUUAUCUUUUUAAGUUCAGUCUUCUACAAAUUUGACCAAGGAGGAUAUCUUCCCCUGGCCUUUGCUGCAAUCCUAAUGACUGUAAUGUAUGUUUGGAACAACGUGUUCCAAAAAAAAUACUAUUAUGAGCUUGAGCAUAAAAUUUCUAUGGAGAAGUUGAAGGAAAUAGUUGCUGAUAACAGCUUUUGUCGAAUUCCUGGGCUAGCCAUGUUCUACUCAGAAUUUGUUCAAGGCAUUCCUCCAAUCUUCAAACACUAUGUGGAAAAUGUACCAGCAUUGCAUUCAGUACUUGUUUUCAUCACCAUCAAAUCAUUGCCCAUAAGCAAGGUUCAGCUGGAAGAGCGUUUCCAAUUUCAUCGAGUAGAGCCUAAGGAACAUAAUAUCUUUCGUUGUGUUGUGAGAUAUGGAUACACAGAUGUGCAUAAUGAGAAAGAGCCAUUUGAGAAGAUUUUGAUAGAAAGAUUGAAGAUGUUCGUUAGAGAUGAUUUUUGGUUGUUUCAGAAUAUUGGUGAGAAUGAUGGUGAAAUACUUGAUGAUGGGUUGGUAAACAAAAAGAAUGAAAAGGAGGAUGUGAAGGAGGUUGAAGAAGAUAAGCAAAAAGAGGCAGUGGAGAGAGAGAUGGAGGUAGUGGACAAAGCAUGUCAUGCAGGUAUAGUUCACUUAAUUGGUGAGACUGAAGUUAUUGCUAAUAAACACGCCAAUAUAGGCAAGAGAAUUAUGAUAGGUUAUGCUUACAAUUUCUUGAAGAAAAAUUUGGGAGAGAGUGACAAAGUGUUUGAUGUUCCUCACAAGCGUAUGAUGAAAGUAGGCAUGACUUACGAGCUUUGA